AUGGCGCUGCAAUGGAUCCUGGCGAAGGUUACGGGUGAAGGCGAGUCGAAAGGUGACGUUGGAGCAAACGGGUCGUUGCUGACGAAGACGAACGAGGCCACACAAGAGCGUGAAGCGUCUUUCGAUCCCGAGCUUACGCUGGACCAAAUCAUGGCGCAGGUCAAAGUGCAGAUUGGUGACGAGCAAUUGGAUCUUGGUGAUAGCAAUGAUGGCGAGAUAUCGAGACGAGAGUCCCUGGGUCGAAGGCAAUCACAUCGCCGCUCGUUGCGCACCACGUCGGCCCUCGACGUCUUCAGGACUAACCUUGAUAAUCAGGGCGAGCAGCAAUCCAAGAUCAAGAAAACCCAGUCGACACGCGAACCCGGGUUGCGCUCGAUGCUUUAUGGGUUGACGCAAAAACAAAAAAAGGAGGAGCAGCAAGCACGGAAACUGAUGCGGAAGCAGCUAGGUGAGCUGUCUUAUGAGCCAGUUGUCCCAACGCUCCGCGCAACAUUUUGGCUGCAAUUGCCUUGGGACACGGGGACGGAGUUUUUACACUAUUUUCAAACGCAGAGACUUGUUGAAUUCAUAACGAUCCCAGUUGUGGCUUCUGGAUUACCC